UGUUUGCACAGGGUUCACCACUUGUUGCUCCUCCUCAUCUGCUCCACAGUCCAGCACAGGAACCUGGAACAGAGGGCUCUACAGACAUGGGGGCCCUGCUCAAACUCACUAUUAUUGGGGUGGUCCUGGCUGCUCUGGGGGACAGGCUGGUGCAGUUCAGCCAUCGAACCAACAUAUUCAGAGAGAUAGAACAGGUGGACCUUCCGAAUUGCCAGCUCCUGAAAGGGAUCGAAUAUGGCUCUGAAGAUAUUGAGAUUCUUCCGAACGGUCUGGCCUUUAUCAGCUCAGGUCUGAAAUAUCCCGGACUUGUGCACUUCGCCCCUGAAAAGCCUGGAGAAAUAUUCCUCCUGGAUCUGAAUGAGGAAAGGCUCCGUCCGUUCUCUCUGCGGAUCAGCAAAGGAUUCGACUUACCGACAUUUAAUCCUCAUGGAAUGAGCACGUACAUCGACGAGAAGGAUGACACGGUCUAUCUCUUUGUGGUCAAUCAUCCUCUUUACAAGUCUACUGUCGAAAUAUUCAAGUUUGAAGAUGAGGAAAAUGUUCUCGUGCACCUGAAAACCAUCAAACACCCUUCACUGUACAAUGUCAAUGAUGUUGUUGCUGUGGGACCCGAGAGCUUCUAUGCCACCAAUGAUCAUUACUUUACUGACUUCAUCAUGAGAUUUGUAGAAAUGUUUCUUGGAUUAACAUGGACAAACGUGGUGUACUACAGUCCAGGAGAUGUCAGACAAGUUGCAAGUGGAUUCUACAGUGCCAAUGGGAUUACCAUGUCAAGUGACAAAACGUUCAUCUAUGUCGCUGAUGUCACUGGUCACACAAUAAGCAUUUUUGAAAAGCAUGCCAAUUGGUCCCUGUCUCCAGUAAAGGUGGUGCAGUUAGAGACACUUCUGGAUAACCUCUCUGUGGACCCACUUACAGGAGAUGUCUGGACGGGAGCUCAUCCGAAUGGCUUUAAGUUGGUCAAUUACAACACUAAAGAUGUUCCUGGGUCAGAGAUUGUUCGCAUACAGAACAUUCACUCGGACAACCCCAUAGUGACCACAGUAUAUGCCAACAAUGGCUCAGUCUUACAAGCGUCCACCUCUGCAGUGGUUUAUGGCAACAAACUUCUCAUGGGUACAGUAUUUCACAAGGCUUUGUGCUGCGAGUUGUAACUGAAUCCUGCCCAGGAGGGUGAAGAACCAUGUGGUCAAAUAGCGCUUAAUUUUUAACAUUUUCGAGAAUAUUUUUGAGAAGAGUGGAUGGCUAUGUUUGCCAAGAUCUCUUCUUUGUUGCAUUGGGGACUGGCAGCAAUUAUCAAUACGAACUACCUACAGCACUCGGUGUCCAUAGGGGUGUGAAGACGGAGCGUUGUCACCAGCUGCCCAUAGCACUUCUUGGUUGCUUGCCACACCAUCUUUUGUUAAAAUUGAACUUGCAAUACCACACACUAACUUUGGUACAGUUUUUUUCUUUGUUUUUUCCCUAUCCAAGACAGCAGAAUUAUUUUUUUUCUAAUUUUAUAAAUCUUUCCUAAUACAUCAUUUCUAUGGGGAACACAAUUUCACUGUGAAGCCCUAAAACCCCAGUAUAACAAUCUAAUUCCAAUCUUACCUGGGACUGUUUGGUCAAUAUAUUGGUUUAUAUUGUGUGCACGUGUAAUGUACGUCAAAUGGUCAUCAUCUAUCACAGGACAUCAUUGUUGGGCCGCAAAUAUGAUAAUACAUGGGGUUAAAUAGGGUAGACACAUGUACACUCAUACUUUGUAAUAUGAUGUCAGCAUUUGGAGAACUCCUUUUAAGGAAUGAUUAAUUAUGUGUUGUGUUUUAGUUUUUUUGCACUAUAUGUUUUCACCAUUACAUGGUGCUAUAGAGUAUUGGGAUACAUGUGCCUUGAUGAAUGUGGUUCAUGGUUUAGGUCAGGCAUAGGCAACCUUCGGCACUGCAGAUUCUUUGGACUACAUCUCCCAUGAUGCUCUUACAGCCAAAAUACUGCCAAAUACUGCAUAAUGGGAGAUGUAGUCCAAAACAUCUGCAGUGCCAAAGGUUGCCUAUGCCUGAUUUAGGCGCUCCCUGGAGACCUUUCUUUCUAACAGCAUACCCUGUGGUCAGAUGGGGUACUGCAAACAAAAAAUGAUUACCGUAAUUCUAGUCUAUGUAUUUUCAUUUUUAUAUUUUUUAUUGUGGUAGAGCGGUAUUGUCAAAACUGCAGACCUUCAGAUGUUGCAAAUCUACAACUCCCAGCAGUUACUGUAACCUCACAGAAGAAAGUUUAGUUAUCGACUGUAGCGUUCAAGUUUUUUCCUAAAAGGGGAGCAUUACCAUAGCUUUAGAGCCGUUUCUUAACCUUGAAAUGAGGAUGACCUCGCGUCACCAUCACAACCUAGCCAAAUUCUUAUACCUAAGCAGCCUUACAUAUUUUUUACAUCAAUUUGGAUUUACCUCUGCCUUUUUUGUUAUUGCUCAUGUACUUUUUAAGAUGUAAUUUUGUGUCCAUUUCAGUGCUUUUUUUGUAUGGGAUUUAUUGAUGUAUAUGUGUUUGCAACUGGGAAUUUAUUUUUCUAGGCUUGAAAAAAAAAAAA